AUGGGGUUGUUUCUCGUUGGCCUCUGCCGGGCGGCUAUGGUGGCGUCUGUGGGCUUUGUUGUUUUCCUCCUGUCCUUGGUGUCCGUCGUGAUGGUGGCGGGAGGCGACGCUGCGCCUGCCUGGGACGAGGCGGGUUACCUGCUCUACUGUCCCUGCAUGGGCCGGUUCGGGAACCAGGCUGAGCACUUCCUGGGAGCCCUCGCUUUCGCUCGAGCCCUCAACCGGACCUUGGCCGUGCCGCCGUGGAUUGAGUACCGCCACCACCGCCCGCCCUACACCAACCUGCACGUUCCCUACAUGGAGCACUUCAAGCUGGAGCCACUGCUGCAGUACCACCGAGUUAUCCCCUUGGAGGAGUUCAUGGAGAAGCUGGCACCCCUUCACUGGCCUCCUGGCAGGAGAGUGGCUUACUGCUUCGAAGCAGCAGCCCAGAGGAGUGCAGACAAGAGCACGUGUCCCAUGAAGGAUGGAAAUCCCUUUGGUCCCUUCUGGGAUCAGUUCCAGGUGGAUUUUGACAAGUCAGAGCUCUUCAAGGGAAUCUCCUUCAAUCCUGUAUACAAAGACCACUGGGUCCAAAGAUUUUCCCCCUCUGAGCACCCUGUACUUGCCCUCCCUGGAGCUCCAGCCCAGUUUCCAGUCCUAGAGGAGCACCGGCCCCUCCAUAAGUAUAUUGUGUGGUCUGAGGACAUGGUGAAGAAAGGAGAAGCCUACAUUGAUUCUCUGCUGGUCAGGCCCUACGUGGGAAUUCAUCUGAGGAUUGGCUCAGACUGGAAAAAUGCCUGCAAUAUGUUGAAGGAUGGGACAGCUGGGCCCCACUUCAUGGCAUCCCCUCAGUGUGUGGGCUACGACCACAGCACUGCAGUGCCACUCACCAUGGACAUGUGCCUGCCAGACCUCAGGGAGAUCCAGCGUGCCCUCCAGCUCUGGGUGAAGAAGAUAGAGGCUAAAUCUAUUUACAUAGCUACUGAUUCUGAGCCCUACACGAGAGAAAUCCAGCAGUUCUUCCAAGGAAAGGUGAAGGUUGUGAGCUUGCAGCCAGAAGUGCCUCAGGUUGAUCUGUACAUCCUUGGCCAGUCUGACCAUUUCAUCGGGAACUGCGUCUCCUCCUUCACCGCCUUCGUGAAGCGGGAGCGUGACGUGCAUGGGAAGCCCUCCUCCUUCUUCGGCAUGGACCACCCCCCACGGCUGAGGGAUGAGUUCUGAGCAGGACAGGAGCAGGCUCCACGCUUCUCAGGGUGCUGAGCUCAGUCCCCUGCCCGAGGAGUGCUCAGGGUGUUCUCCUGCAUGCCACCAGGCUGCCCUGUGGUACCCCCCACAGCCACUUCCAGGCUGUCCUCUCUGACUUCUCUAUUUCUAGUCUGAGGUCAGAGAAAAAAGACGUUUUAAUCCUGUUGAUAGGAAACUAUAAACUCUAUGUAGUUUUUAAGCUGUAGUUUACAUAGCUCUCCAUUCUCACCAGUGUGAGGAUAAAGCAGCUGCUCAGAUUUCCACUUCUCCAUUAUUAUUUUUCUUUUUUCCGUUAAAUUUUCCAUUUUUCAUCGAGAUUCUUAAAAGCUGCAUUGUCCAAAACUGACCAUAGACUCUGUCAAAGUGCAAAGUCUUUUCAGAAAUAAUCACACGCCCUGGAAAUGGAGCAGAAGGUGAAGCUCAGGACGUGGAAGGAGCUCUGGGUUUUCUCAAUUGCUGCCAUUGCCUUACCAGAGCCACCUUGGUGCCUCUGCUUCCCUUCCCCUGUCAGAAGAGAUUUCACUGCUGUGGAGCUGGGAAGCUCCUGGAUCUCUUCAGCAGUGGUGGAGAUUCACAGCAGGGACAUGUUUUAAGGUGGCAGUUUCUUCUUCAUCCCAUCUUCCUCUGGAACUGAGGAGGAGGUGUCUGCAGGGCCACAGGCUCAGGAGAUGUUGUGUAGCCAGCCUUAGGGCUUGGAGCUGUCAUGUUAGGUUGAGGUCUGGUAAAAAUGAAGCUGGUUUUGAGCUAAGACCUGGGAAGUAGCUGUAGUGGGGUUGGUGUCAUGCCUAGGUCUGUCUUAGUGCUUUCUGCUUUUGGUGGUUUUUGUACUUUGUAAAAUAACCUCUCUGACCACAGAACCUUUUGUCUGUGGGGUGGUUCCUGCUGGAAGGUAACUGUGGGAAGAGUUUGCUGCUGGUGAAAGAGCAGCCCCAAAAAACUUUGUUUGGUCCAAUCCAGUUUAGUGUUGGGAGCACCAAUAAUAGUCUUGAUGUGUUGAGUCUCAACUUGACCAGUGCCUUCGGUAUUCCUGUGACUUAAGUUUUUACAAUUUUUGUCCAAAAACUGCACAGAUUUUAAUUGUUCCUCUUCUAAAAUGCCAUUUAGGUAAGUCCAUGAUACCAGGGCUGGCUGCCUUGAGUGCUCCUGUGGUCUGAGCAAGUCUGGGUCUAAACGAUGCUCUUUGUGGGGUUUUAACUCUAAAUGUCAUUUUGGUGCUGGGUUUGUUGCUCUUCAGAAAUAUUUCUCAGCUUUGAAGGAGUUUGGAGGCUUGAGGGAGUGAGGUAAAUGUGAAGGUGCCCUAAGGGUCAGAGUGGCAAAGACUUGACUCUGCUUCCCUUGGUGAUGGCUUCCAGAAAUUACGAGGUCUGGGGGCUUCUGGCCACCUCCCUGGAAGGAGCCAGGUGCCUGCAUACCUGCAGACUCCUUGGGAUCUCCUUUGGCUUUGUGAUCUUGGGUGAUGCCAUCAGGGCUGCCCCAUCCCAGAGCAAGGGCAAUCUUUUCCCACAGCGUUGGGAACAGUAUUCACACACACACAAA